AAUAAGACUUUUUUACUUUUAAAAUCUCAUCUUAACAGUCUUACCUUAAUCUGAUUACCUCCUGCCAAACACCCGCAUAUUGAAAAUCAAAUCUCGGCUUCAAAGCUAAAACCCUCUCAUCUACUCAUUUCCACUCCAGAAAAAUCCCAAUUUCCAAUUAUGCAGAUCUUCGUGAAAACCCUAACAGGUAAAACCAUAACCCUAGAAGUCGAAUCAUCAGACACUAUCGACAACGUGAAAUCAAAGAUUCAAGACAAAGAAGGAAUCCAACCAGAUCAACAACGCUUAAUCUUUGCAGGAAAACAGUUAGAAGAUGGAAGAACAUUGGCAGAUUACAACAUUCAGAAAGAGUCAACACUUCAUUUGGUUCUUAGACUUCGUGGUGGUACAAUGAUCAAAGUUAAAACAUUAACUGGGAAAGAGAUUGAAAUUGAUAUUGAACCAACUGAUACGAUUGAUAGAAUUAAAGAAAGAGUUGAGGAAAAAGAAGGGAUUCCACCUGUUCAACAAAGGUUGAUUUAUGCCGGAAAACAACUUGCUGAUGAUAAAACUGCUAAAGAUUAUAAUAUGGAAGGUGGGUCUGUUCUUCAUCUUGUUCUUGCUCUUAGAGGUGGUAGUAAUGGUGAGUUUUCUGGAUAAUGAUUGAAAUCGUUUGGGAUUUUUGUAAUUUAAGUGGGUUUAUGAAAGAAAUGCUAUUGAGUUUGGAAUUGUUGGUAUUAAUGAAAGUUUAUGGUCCGGAUUUUCAUGGGUUUUAAUUAAUCAAUGAAUGAAAUUGUGUGUUUUAUUUUUGAUGUUUUCUUAGUUGUAUAUGGUUGUACUUCUACUUGAUGUUUAUUUGGUUGAGUUGAUGCUUAUUUUUAUGGGUCAUGGUGAGUUUCAUGGGUGAAGAUUGAAUCUUUAGGGUUAGUUGUAAUCUGUAAUUGGGUUUACAAAAGAAAUCUUUGAGUUCGGAAUUGUUGAAGAUUUGGAUUAUUAUGGGCUUAAAUGAAAUUGUGUUUUAUCUUGA